CAUGCCGGGAGUGGUAGUCCGCACCCUCCCGCGCCCGGGUGUGUGCUUCAUGGCCGCUCGCUCCGCGCUCCUGUUCUUUUCCACUGGGCCCCAGAAAGUUUCGGUUCUGCCCGGCCGUGGACCCACGAGCGCGUGCUGCCAAGGAGCGUGACCUCUGCUGACUGGACAGCCACGGAGGGCUGAAGUUCUAAGCCUUUCUCUGCACGCAGGCAGGAGGCACCUAGCCAAGAGACCCCAACCACUCGCCAUGGCUUCCACCAGUGCAGAGAGCCAGCUCCAGAGAAUUAUCCACGAUAUGCAAGAUGCCGUGACAGAACUAAGUAAGGAAUUUAAGGAAGCAGAAGAGCCCAUCACAGAUGACAGCACCAGCUUGCAUAAGUUUUCUUAUAAGCUUGAGUAUCUCCUUCAGUUUGAUCAGAAGGAGAAGGCCACCCUCCUGGGCCACAGGAAGGACUACUGGGAUUACUUCUGUGACUGCCUGGCCAAAGUGAAAGGGGCCAAUGACGGGAUCCGAUUUGUCAAGUCUAUUUCUGAGCUCCGAACAUCUCUGGGGAAAGGAAGAGCAUUUAUUCGCUAUUCCCUGGUGCACCAGAGGCUGGCAGACACCUUACAGCAGUGCUUCAUGAACACCAAAGUCACCAGUGACUGGUACUAUGCAAGAAGCCCAUUUCUGAAGCCAAAGCUGAGCUCAGACAUCGUGGGCCACCUCUAUGAGCUGACCGAGGUUCAGUUUGACCUGGCAUCGAGGGGCUAUGACUUGGAUGCUGCCUGGCCAACUUUUGCCAGGAGGACUCUGGCUACCGGCUCUUCUUCUUACAUGUGGAGACCCCCCAGCCGAAGCUCCAGCAUGAGCAGUCUGGUGAGCAGCUACCUGCAGACUCAGGAGAUGGCCUCCAGCCUUGACAUGAACAGCCCCUUAAACAACGAAGCACUGGAGGGAUUUGACGAGAUGCGGCUGGAGCUGGACCAGUUGGAAGUGCGGGAGAAGCAGCUGCAGGAGCGAAUGCAGAAGUUGGACAAAGAAAACCAAGAGCUGAGAGCAGCUGUCACUUCUCAGGGAGAGCAGCUGCAGAUGGAGAGGGAGAAGCGGUCCACUGCCACUGAGGAGAAUGUCCGCCUCAUGAGCCUGGUGGCUGAGCUCCAGAAGCAGUGGGAGGUCACCCAGGCCACCGAGAGCACUGUGAAGGAGCUACAGAAGUGUCUGCAGGCCCUGGAGCUGGGUGCAGCAGAGAAGGAGGACUACCAGUCAGCCCUGCAGCGACUGGAGUCCCUGCUGCAGCCCCUGCCGCAGGAGCUCAAGGCCACACGGGACUCACUGGGGGGGAAGAACCAGCAGUUACCCAGUGUCCCGGCCUGGGUGGCCAGGGCUGAGCAAAAGGUAGGUAUGACCCUGGGCACGAAGGGACAGCAAGAUCCAGUCCCCAGCGACUCAGCCUUGGUGAUCCAGGAACUGGGGGCAAAGCUUCGAGCCCUAGAGGAAGAGAGCAUCAAGGUCCAGGAGCUCAACAGGCAGCAGAAUGCCCAGUUGGAGCAGCUAACCAAGGAGCUGCAGCUGAAGGAGGAGGCCCAGGCCAGCCUGGAACACGUGGUGAUGGAGAUGACCCCGCUCCGGGAAGAGCUGGCCAAGAAGGAGCAGGAGGCAGCCCAGCUUCGGUGCCAGUUGCAGGAGUCACUGGCCCACGUGAGCUCCCUGGAGGAGGAGUUGGUGGAGGUGAGGCACAAGGAGCAGCGGUGGCGAGAGGAGGAGGAGCUGCUGGAGCAGGAGGCCAGGUCCCUGACAAGGCAACUGCAGGUCCUGGAGACCCAGCUGUCACAGGUGAGCCAGCACGUGAGCGACCUGGAGGAACAGAAGAAGCAGCUCAUUCAGGACAAAGACCACCUCAGCCAGAAGGUGGGGACACUGGAGCAGCUUGCUGGACAGCCAGGCCCAGAGCUGCCCGUAGCACGUGAGGGGAGUGAGGUGCUGGCUCUCCUGCACUCCUCCAUGCCACAGACCUGUGAGAAGCCAGAGGAGGAACAGAGAGGCCCACAGGAGGGCCAUCUCAGUGACACCAAGGGUGGCCAGGAGGAGAAGCUCCAGCAGGCCAACAGGGAGCUGGAGAAGGAGCUGCAGAAUGUUCUUGAGUGCAACCAGCUCCUGGAGGGCAAGCUGCAGGUCCUGCAGGCUGACUAUGAGGCACUACAGCAGCGGGAGGCAGCCAUCCAGGGCUCUCUGGCCUCCCUGGAGUCGGAGCAGGCCAGCAUCCGGCUCAUGGGUGACCAGAUGGAGGCGAGCCUGCUGGCUGUGAGAAAGGCUAAGGAGAUCAUGAGGGCCCGAGUGGCAGAGAAAGAUGCUGCCCUGAAAAGCAAGGAGGACGAGUGCCAGCAACUGCGGGAGGAGGCGGAGCAGUGCCGGCAGCUGGCAGAGGCCCGGGACGGGGAGCUCAGAGCUCUUAAGAGCCAGUGCCACCAGCAGACCCAGCAGAUUCAGACACCCACAACAGAGAAAGGCCAACAGGGGCUUGGCCCACCUCAAGAUGACGUAUCCCAUGAGCUGGAGGCCCAGCUGGCCCUGUCUCAGGCACAGCUGGAGGUUCAUCAGGGGGAGGUCCAGUGCCUGAAGACUGAAGUGGUGGACCUCCAGGCCAAGCUCCUGGCAGCUCUGGAUGACCGGGAGAAGGUACAGAGCCAGCUGGGUGUGGCUGAGGAAGUCCUGAGGGAGCACAAGGCUCUUGUGCAGCAACUGAAGGAACAGAAUGAAGCCCUUAACCGGACCCACGUCCAGGAGCUGCUGCAGCGCUCAGAGCAGGAAGGGGCGCUGCAGGAGGAGAGGACCGGCGAGGCCCAGCAGAGGGCGAAGGAGCUCUGGGCCCUGCAGGAGGAGCUGACCCGGCUGAAGCAAAACUCUGCGGAAGCCCAGCUGGAGCACGCCGAGCUGCAGGAGCAGCUGCACCGAGCCAACACGGACACAGCCGAGCUUGGCAUCCGGGUCUGCACGCUGACGGCGGAGAAGGAGAAGAUGGAAGGGGCUCUCGCCUGUGCCACCCAGGAGCUCCAGGACGCCAAAGAGGCUGCCUCAAGGGAGCGAGAGGGCCUGGAGCACCAAGUGGCUGGGCUGCAGCAAGACAAGGAGAGCUUGCAGGAGAAGCUGAAGGCAGCUGAGGAGGCAGCAGGCUCACUGGCUGGCCUGCAGGCCCAGCUGGCUCAGGCCGAGCAGUGGGCCCAGGGCCUCCAGGAGACCGCGCACCAGGAGCUCAACACCCUCAAGUUCCAACUGAGCACUGAGGUCAUGGACUACCAGAACAGGCUUAAGGCUGCCAGUGAAGAGUGCAGAAGCCUCAGGGGCCAGCUGGAGGAACAAGGCCAGAAGCUGCAGGCUGCUGAGGAGGCUGUGGGGAAGCUGAAGGCCACCCAAGCAGAUAUGAGAGAGAAGCUGAGAAGCACCAGCAACCACCUUUCAGAGUGCCAGGCAGCUGUGCUGCAGAAGGACGAGGAGGGGGCUGCCCUGCGUGCAAACCUGGAAAGGACCCAGAAGGAUCUCGAAAAAGCCACGACAAAAUUCCAAGAGUAUUACAACAGACUUUGCGAGGAGGUGACAGACCGGGAGAAGAACGACCAGAAGAUGCUUGCUGACCUGGAUGACCUGAACAGAACCAAGAAAUACCUUGAAGAACGGCUGAUAGAGCUACUCAGGGACAAGGAUGCUCUCUGGCAGAAGUCAGAUGCCCUGGAAUUCCAACAGAAGCUCAGCGCUGAGGAGAGGUGGCUCGGGGACACGGAGGCGAGCCACUGCCUCGACUGCAAGCGGGAGUUCAGCUGGAUGGUGCGGCGCCACCACUGCAGGAUAUGUGGCCGCAUCUUCUGUUACUACUGCUGCAACAACUACGUCCUGACCAAGCACAGUGGCAAGAAGGAGCGCUGCUGUCGGGCCUGCUUCCGGAAGUUCAAUGAGGGCCCUGGCUCCCCUGAUAGUACCAGCUCGGGCAACAGCCAGGGAGAGCCCAGCUCCACACUGCCACCAGCUCAGGCUGGGCACCAGGCCACCAGAGGCCAAGAUGGCAGGCCACCAGACGACGCCGUGUUUGACAUCAUCACGGAUGAGGAAUUGUGCCAGAUUCAGGAGUCCGGCUCCUCCUUGCCUGAAACACCCACUGAAACCGAUUCUCUUGAUCCAAACAUGGCUGAACAGUACUCUCCUUUCCUGAUCUUGAGCCCUAACUGGAAGCAGUGUCAGCCUUGGUGUGGGUUGAAACGCCCUUCCUUUCUAGCAAGGAAGGACCUUGCCUUUGAGAUAAGACCAGGAUGACAACUACUCAAUAAGUAUUUCCUGCCCCUCGUCCACAAAGUGUUAGAUCUCUAAGGGGGCGGGGUCAGCCAGUAGGCAGAUGCCCCAGCUGGCUUUCUGGGGUCCUAGAUUAGAUAGAUCAAAUGGUGACGUGUAUCUGUACUGCUUCACACAGGGACAGAAACACUUUCUCCAUCAUUGAGAGGAUGAAACAGGAGCUUGCUUUUCUUAAGAGUGAUGUCCAGCUCUCCAUUAUUGCUUGACUUACUCUUGGCCUUUUUUUUUUUUAACCCUGUUCUUACUGUUGCUAGAUCUUUAUACACACUAGCAUUACAUAUGUCCUCAAAGGACGCAUGCAAAUUCAUUUGUAAUGGUAAAAUUUAAUAUUAUCUUAACAGCAGAUUGGGACUACACAGUUCUGUGCAGACAGAGUAUUGAAAACUACUUGCCCUUCUAGAAAACGUUAAAACUGUUUUUUAUCUUCUGUAACCAAAGUCCUAUGCGCUGUAAUUGAUUUAUGGGAGAAAAAGGUAAUAUAUGUAACUUUGGAAAUUGUCUGAUAAUAAAUGAUGAAGCAAAUUACAAUUCAGACAUAAAAUAGAACAUGACUGAGAUAUUUAGGAGGAGUUUUUAAUGAUUUGGGAAAACUAUUGAAAUUGAAAUUGCUCAGAGCAGUCCAAGCAGAAACUAAAUAUGCAAAGUAAGUAUUAGCUAUUACUGUUACAAUGAUAGAUGACAAAAAGAACACAAAACUGAUCCGGAUCCUUCACCGUUUUUGUCAUAAACCCUGUAGAGAAUCUCCUAAAACCUCUGGUCCUUUCCUUCAGAAAUAAUGCACGGUGCACACAUACGCACACACACAAACACCUGGGGGGUUCAUGAACCCCUUGAAUCCUCCUGCCAUGUGUUUUAUGGACCCUAGUUUAAAAAUCCCUGGUAAGCUGUAUGAUUUUGGCUGUACUUUUAAAACCUUAGAAAAAAUGACCAAAUUUAAUCAGCAGUUUAUCUCUUGACUGGUGGACUUUUGGGUCACUUUUCCCCCUCCUCCUUUACAUUUUAUAUAAACCUACAGCUGUCGAGUCGAUUCUGACUCAUAGCGACCCUAUAGGACAGAGUAGAACUUCCCUAUACAGUUUCCAAGGAGCGCCUGGUGGAUUCGAACUGCUGACCUUUUGGUUAGCAGCCAUAGCUCUUAACUACUAUGCCACCAGGGUUUAAUAGUUUCCAGAUUUUCUGCAGUGGUCUAUUAGAAAAGAAAGCAAACAGUAACCCGAGAUAGUAGAUUGUCUUAUAAAAUGCAAAAGGAAAGGAAAACAGAUUAUUCCCUGAACAAGCACAGGCAGUGACUAGACUCACCUCACUGGGUGGGUCUGAUUGUGCUGUUAUUGGUAGUCCCAUCAGCUUAUAAGCACUUACUGUGUGCCAGAACUAUGUUAGGUAUGUAGUUCUCACAUUUUUCUAAUUUAACCCUCACAGCAGCUAGUGGCAGAGAUGGGAUUUGAACUAAGCAAUUCAGCUCCAGAGCCCAAACAGUUUACCACUAGGCUAUGCUGCAGGUAGGAAUCUGAGAACCUCAGAAGAGGUUAGUUCUCCCCUUUUUUCUACUAAAUGUGAAGAGGACAAAUGACUCACCAGUAGAGACGCACUGUUGAUGUUUGCUCCAGAGACGGGCUUGCUCACGACAGCAGCCAGCCUCUACCUUUCUGUGAUGUGGCCCCUGUUUCCGCUGAAUAUCUGAAGAGCUUUGGUUGGUUAUUAUAAGAGACCCACCCCUACCCCCCCCCCCUGCAGAUCAGAAUACAUGACCAGACUUCACUCACGUAGUUGAGGAGUCAAAGAGAUGAAGCUGUGGCACUAGACACCCCACUUAACACCUGCAUCCUGGCUUGGGGCUUCUUUCUGGAUCUGAGAGCAUGUUUAUUUGUAAACCAAAGAGGAGCAAUAAGUAGGUCUGGCUCUGGCAGUACCCUGAAGAUGGUGGUGUGAUGUUGUUAGGUGGCAUCGAGUCUAUUUUGACUCAUAGUGACCCUAUAGGACAGAGUAGAACCGCCCCAUAGGGUUUCCUAGGCCGGAAUCUUUACAGGAGCAGAUUGCCAGGUCUUUGCUCCCGCAAAGCCACUGGAUGGGUUUCAACCACUGACUUUGGUUAGCAGCCAAGCACUUAACCAUUGUGCCGCCAGGGCUCCUCGAUGGUGGUGUGUGUACCUUAAAAAUAUUUCAAUCGCUGGGUCUCUUUGGGAUAGUUUGAGUCUGGGGCGGUGAAGAGGCAGGGGGAUGGGAGCAAAUGUUUAUUGAGUACAUGCUGUGGACUUAUGUGUGUGCACGCAGCUCUACACACCUGAUGCUGUUGAUCCUCAUGGCAGCCCUGCAAACUAGUUAUCAUCCCCAUUUUAUACAUGAGGACUUGGAGGGCCAUAGACUAAACAACAGCCCCAUGGUCACACAGCUAGUAACUGGCAAUUCCAGGAUACACACCCAGGCCUCUGUCACUGCCAGACCAAUGGGCUGGAUGGCUUCUGGUGAUGGCUCUGCCAUGGGGUGGGCUGCAGCCUGCCUCCUGAACCCACUCUGCUCAGUGCCCUCUGCAGGCAGUGUUCACCCACCCUCUUUAUCCUGGCUGCAGUCAUCAGUUCCCUGUGGCUGCUGUGCCUACUCCUGGCACUCCCCAGGUAUUGAACACCUUGGCCUUGAUCUCACUACAGUUCUAGUUGCUGGUCUUCAUGAUCCCAGUUUGCUGACACUUCUGAGAAAUAACACCUGGAAGGCAGGAAUUAGAGGAAUGUCUGCCUGGGCCACAUUCCCUGGCAUCUCCCAUCUGUGCAGAGGACACGUGAUAGAGGAGCGGACGCUAUCUCUCAUUUUCCACAGUGUCCACCCUCCUGCCCCACUUCUUCAGCCCUGUACCUGCACCCAGCCUGCUUCCCACCAAGGCUGGGGCUCUCUGCCCUGUCUGCUGUGCAAACUCUCUGGCUCUUCCUGAGGACAGGGCGUCCGUAGGACAUGAGGGAGGCAUGGGAGCGGGACCAGGAGCAGCCCUGGGAUCUGGGGCCUAACACCUGGAGUUCUGCCACGAGCCAGACCCUGUGCUGGAUGCUGCCCGUGUGUAGUCGUUGAAUCCUCUCCAUGUGCAGGUGAACAAGCAGAAGGUGAGAGAGAUUGGCUCACUUUUCCCCAGGAGUUCCCCAGGGUGACUGCAGAGCCAGUGCUCUUUCUACAAAUGGAGCCACCCCAGGGGGUCUGCUCAAAGAGCCAAAGUCCUCUAGUGGGCUUUCAAGUCUUUUUUUUUCCAAUGAGGUAGUUCAAACUGCCCUUUCAGCCAAACUGGUGCAAAUGAGUGAGAUGUUCCCUGAGGACAGGAAUUAAGGAAUUACGUGCCUGCAUAGAAUAGGUACCUCUGGACAGAUGCACAAAUGGACAAAUGAACAAGCUGAGCCAAAUACUGAAGGAAAGAUGGGUCAAAGCAUCCGUCUUUCUGAAAGACGUUUCAGGGCAGGACAACCUUUUGGAGUGAGUGAGGCAGGUUGACAUUUUUGGAGUCUUUUUAAGCUUUGAGAGUGAGCUUUUCAUGGACAAGCCAAGUCAGUCUUUCAGGACAGUUCCUGGGCAAUGUUGGAACAGUCUGAGCUGCUUUUCUUAUUACAUUUGGUCAUACUUCUCUUUCUUAGCAAUCACUUGUACUCCUUGGGGGGAAACAGAAGCCUUGGCCCGGUGCCCUCCAUACUGCGUGCGUGCAGCCACAUGUGUCAGGGUGUGUGUGUGUGUGCGUGUCUGUGGGGAUGUGUAUGCCUGAGGAAGGAUGACUGCAUUUGCCAUAACUGUUCUCCAAUGGAAAGGCCUGUCUGGUACCAAAGACUUGCUACCAAGGUUGAGGAACCAAACCACUCGGAAUUUUGGAACCAGUGUUUUAUUUCAGCCACUUCACAGAGUUCCUUUAUUAUCUACCCAUUUGUAGUGUUAGUUGUUUCAAGGCCAUUGUUUUUCUUUGAAACAAAACUAAGCUUCUUAAGGAAAAAUACCCAGUCAUGCCUGUCUUGAAUUUCCACUGGAACACUUACCAAGCAUUUUCUAAAUAGACGUGGAGGAAGAAUGGAAGGAAGGAGCAGACAUGCCUGUCACAGGCUUAUCUAGGAAAUCAGACUGUGCUGACUUGCUCGUCGUCCCCGAGGACCUGGCAUUCCAGUGCCAGAGCCAUGAGGAUCUGGGUCCCAGAAACCAGAGAGGAGGCCUUUAUGCUUGUCAGGAUGAGAAGACUCCAACUGCAAGGCGUUGCAGGAUGACAGGGAGUGUGAAGGAUAAAUUAGUAACUGAAGAUCCUUAGAAAAGAAGCCUAACCAAAUAGCGGGUGGAUGAGGCAUGCUCAGUGGUGCCCUAGGUGCUAGUCAUGAGGAUAGGCGUGUGGAUUUCUGUGUUGUGGUUAGAUUGUUGUUGUUGUGCAUUGCUGCCGAGUCGAUUCCAACUCAUGGUGACCCCACGUGUGCAGAGUAGAACUGCUCCAUAGGGUUUUCAAGGUGUGACCUUUCAGAAGCAGAUCACCAGGCCUGUCUCCCAAGGCGCCUCUGGAUGGGUUCAAACCACCAACCUUUUGGCUAGUAGUUGAAUGCUUAACUAUUUGUGCUACCCAGGGACUCUGAUCAGACCUUGGUCGCCAAGUAAUCCACCAUCAAAAUCCCAGAAAUGCUCUUCUUCACUUGGUUUGUAAGCAAAAAGGAAAGCAGUUGUUAAAAGGAAAACUACUAUGAAUUUACUUUCUAAUAGCAAAAUAGAAGAUGCCUCCAGGUCCCAGAGUGAAUGUGGUCUACAGUGUGAUUCAGCCCAGCCUUCUGCACCACUCUGUUCAACAGAGCUUUCAUGAUGAUGGAUGUGCCCUGGCCCUGUGCCAUCCAGCGCAGUAGCUCCUAGCCUCGGGUGGUUAUUGAGCCCUGGAAGUGUGGCUAGUGCCACCAAGGAGCCAGACUUUAGUGUUACUUACUUCUGAUUCAUUUAAACAGCCACAAGUGGCUAGCGGCUACCGUGUUAGACAGCACAGUUCUAAACAGAAGACCUCUCCAGCCUGAAGGCUUUCACAGCCAGAGGGACUGGAGGGCCCCGUGUAAUCAGGCCAAGCAACACAUCACUGUGCUGGGCCUAGCGAGACAGAGGAGUAGAGGCAGUUCCCUGAGGAGGAUUAUCAGCAAGGCAUCUUCAGCCAGAGGGCCUUUCUGGGUACCCAUUCCGUCCUCAGCCAGGGAAUCUGCCCCCCAGGGAGUCUGCAGGAUUGAAGUUGUGCAGUAAUCAAACGGAGAGUCCGAGGCACUUUGAUCUGCGAGAGGAAAAUAUGGUAGAUUCCAGCUAUAGGGUCCCCACCUGUGGCCCCUUGCCGAGUGAGGUGUGGACUCCUGGACUGCAUUGCCAGGGACUUCCUCAGCAUCCAACUUGUUUGUGGUCACCACUUUAUUCUUACUCAGUUCUAAAGUGGAGCCUUGGUUAUGUCCUCCUCUGGGGGCAUUUGGGGCAGAAAAAACCUUACCCAGCGGCUGAUAAUCUAGACAGUUAUUGAGCGUAGGCUGUGUGCAUCUCAGGGUACCUGAGGAUGACCACCCCUGGAGGAAUGAACAAGUUGAUGGACUAGUAUGCGUGCCUCGAGAGAGGUUUAGCUCAACUGACCAGAGGCUCAGCAAUGGAAACUCAGCCAGAAGGGGCGACGUGCCAUCAGCCGUACAAGGCUACCACAGCUAGCAGUAGGCUUGCACAGCCAGAGCAAGGGGAGGAGGAAGGUCAGUUGUAGGCAGUGAGUUUGUCUUGCAUGUUUUCUGAGAAAAAUACCUCAACAGCAACUAAAUGAAAUGGCUAUAGUAGGAGAUGGGGUCCCUGGGUGGUACAGAUGGUUGACAUGUGUGGCUGCUAACAGAAAGUUUAGGGCUCAAGUCCACCUAGCGGCAUCUCAGAAAAAAGCCCUGAUGAUCUGUUUCCCAAAAAUCAGCUGUUGAAACCCUCUGGAACACAGUUCUACUCUGAUACAUCCGGGGUCACCAUGAGUCAGAAUUCACUCUAGGGCAACUAACUGGUUUUCUUUUGUUUUUUUCAUAGCAGGAGAUAGGAUGCCCUCUAGCUGCCUUGAUUUUGUUCCCUGUCAUUGUCAAACUUUGACCUCCUCUAUGAGUUGGAAUUGACAGCAAUGGGUUUGGUUUGGUUUUUGGUUUAGCAGAGUUGCUCACACAUUUCUUUUACUGGAUUCCACAAUAAUAAUAAUAAAAAAAAAACAUUUUACAUGACCACCCAAUUGUGUAUGUGUGUAUACACAGAUAAAGUCAAAACAAGAACCUCAUAAAAUGAUAUUUAUCCUCACAACAUGCAGUGUAUUGCUUUGAUAUUUUCUAUUUUAUUCUUUCUUUUAAUGCUGGUCAGAACCUGCUAAAUUGAUUUUACAACCCACAAAAUGGGCCAUGAUCCACAAUUUGAAAGAGAGUUUCAUGCCCCUAACCGUUACCUUCAAGAUGUCAUCACCCACCCAUCCACACCCCAAUCUCUACACCCCGUCCCCUCCCUUGCCUUCCUGCCCCUAUCAUCUACUUCCUGAUGGGCCUCAGCCAGGGCCAGCAAGGGUCUGGGGAAUCUACUCUGUGAAUUCUCUACUUAACAGGUAAUCAGGUUGUAUGCAUCAUGGUGGUUGGAGAGGAGGGAGAUGGAGGAAGAGAGGGAUGGGGACAUCUUUUACUAUAAAUUCAGGAAAAUUCAGAGAACCAACUGUAGUUUUCAGGAUUUCUUUUGUCAUGUGGUAUUUAUUUAUCUCAUUUAUGGCAUUUAUGCUUUGGACAAGCAUCUUAAUGACCUAGUGCUGCUGUAACAAAAAAUACUGCUGGUGGAAAUUUAUUUUCUCACGGUUCUGGAGCUAAAAGUCCAAACCAGCUGUAUCAUCUCCUCUGUGAGCCUCUCCUAGUUUCUGGUGUCUCUGGUGUUCCCUGGAGUUCCUUGACGUCUGUCUUCCCCCAGUGUGUGUCCCUGUGUCUAUUCUGCUGUUUUUAUCACUCAGAAGUGAUUAAAGACCCACCCUACACUGGUGUGGCUUCAUUAACAUAACAAAAGAAACCCCCUAUUUUCACACAAGAUCACAUCUACAGUCACAGGCCCAGGAAUGCAACAAGUAUUGGGACGAGGGGAGGGGCACAAUUCAAUCCAUAACAACAAGGAUAAAAGAAAGUGAAAUGAGGCAGGCCUGAGUGACCUUGAACAUGUCUCCUCUUCCCUAGACCUCUCUGUCUCCCUAUUUGUCAGUGGGAUGUUGGACCAGGAGGUCUCUGCAGCUGCUCACACUGACCUCCUGUGACUGUGUGUCCUAGGGGAGGGGUAGGAGCUCUGGAAGCCCCUGGUUGGAAGUACAGCAGGAAGAAGGUGUUGGGCUGAGAGGAGGUCAGAAUUAAGGCCGGGGUGGAGGAAGGACUGGAGCUGCGGAGAAAAGGAAGCAGCGAAGUGACAAAGCCUGCCCUUGGGGGCAGCCAGUGCCACAGGAAAUGUUGGCACUGAACCUUCCCGAGGUAGAUGGGAGCACCCGAGGGCAGGGAGCUGUGGAACAGGAGCCCACCUCGUUCCCAGACACUGGGCUCCAUGAAGUGAGGUUUCUGAGGGCUUAGAAACUGCAGCCUUUUCAAGCCAGUAGAACCUUAGAGUCCAUCUCAUUCUGUUUCCUUCCAUUUAGAGCAGAGGAAACUCAGAUCUUGGCCAAGGACAGGGGUUCACCCAGAGUCACACAGUAAUAAAGCCAAGGCUGGGCCCACGAUGGUGUGACCCCACCGUAGGCUACCACAAAGUACUGCAACAGAAAUGUAUUCUCUCAGAGUUCUGGAGGCCAUAAGCGAGAUGUCGACAGGGCUGUGCUCCCUCUGAAGGAGAACCCUUUCCUUGCCUCUUGCAGCAUCUGGCGGUGGCUGACAGUCUUUGGUGUUCCUUGGCUUAGAGCUGCAUCGCUUCUAUGGAGCACAGCUCUACUCCGGUGCACAUGGGGUCGCCGUGCGUCAGACUCCAUCUUCGGCAACUGAUUUUCUUUUGUUUUUGGUUUUUUGUAUAGUAGGAGAUGGGAUGCCCUCUAGUGGCCUUGCUUUUGUUCCUUGUCAUUCUCAAACUUUGACAUCCUUUUUGCCUGUCUUCACGUGGCCGUCUUCCUUCUGUGCCUUCUGUGUAUGUCUGCAUGUCUUUUCUUCUGAUAAGGACACCAGUUGUGUUAGAUUUAGGGCCCACCCUACUCUAGUAGGAGCCCUGGUGGCACAGUGAUUAAGAGCUUAGCUACUAACCAAAAGGUGGGCAGCUCGAAUCCACCAACUGCUCCUUGGAAACUCUAUGGGGCAGUUCUACUCUGUCCUAUACGGUCACUAUGAGUCAGAAUUGACUCGCUGGCAACAGGUUUGUUUUUUUUUUUGUUUGGCUACUCCAGUAUGACCUCAUCUUAACUAAUUACAUCUACAAAGACCGUAUUUCCAAAUAAGGUCACUUCCUGAGGUUCUGGGUAGGUAUGAAUUUGGGGGGAGACACUAUUAUACCCAGUACAGCUGCCUCUUGUGCCAUCUUGGGAUGCAGAGACCUCCAGCUAGAGUGAGGCCCAUUGCUCAGGGCUCAUGGAUCUCAGCCCCUGGGCAGGUAGGCUGUUCCUUAAGACAGGCUCUCCCAUCUGUCAGGAACUGACUUGGACUGUACACACAUAGCCCCGAUGGGGCACAUGGAUAGCAGUGAGUUGCUGGUUGUUUAGGUGGCCCUUUGGAGGCUCCAAACACCAGCCCCUUUCACCACCCCAUCAGCAGCAGAGCCAUGAGAGCAGACUCCCAAACCCAAAGGCCUCCCAGCACACUAGCACUAGAAAGGAACAAGGCCAGGGAAGUGGGAGAUACACAACAGAAAGAGCAGCUACUGGGCCUGGUGGUGAACAGGCCUGACCAGGCUAGCGGGUGAUGUCCAGGUCUGCAGGCAUGAAGCCAACUCUUAAGCUCGUAGGUUUUCCAGGAAAACAGAAGCCCCUUGGUGUGCGGUGCUGGUCCUCCUCCUCCAGCACAGAGAGGCUCAGUGGGGUGGCAGUGAAUGUUUGCUUUUGCAUCUGUGAGAAAACCCUGUUAGAGGUGAAAAACGGCCGCAGUUGUCUUCUGGCUUGAAUCUGCUAACUCAGUGUCUACCGCUCCACACAAGACUCAGUGUCUUCCUCCUUCAGGAAUUUGUCCCCAAGUCUUUUCUUGACUUUAGUCAGUAUUCUUUCUGUCCUUUAUCCUGAAUUUCCACGCUAAUCAUUUGCACCUCCGUGCACAUUUCUUAGCAAGCAGCCUUAGGUCUCUUAGGUUCCUGCAAACGGCAGAGGCUGAACUGCUAAGUGCUGGUCCUGUCUGGCAGGGAAAGCUCGUGGUCUGAGGGAGAUAAGACCCAAGAGCAAAUAACUAAGGCCCAGCAUGACCAGAGGUGUGACACAGGUGUGCACUGGGUGAUGGGGAAGUGUGGAGGGUGGGGGUGUGUGGCAGAUGCCACCAUGUCUGAGGUCUUGGCGCAAAGCCGCCCAUCACCUCCCCUGGACCUCUUGGUAUGGUGCUGUCACUGCAGAUACGCCACACAGUGCACAGAUGUUCUUGCCCCGUGACAGCCAAGCAUCGACUUGGGCAGGACACAUUGCAUCUGGCCACUCUGAGCCUCACCCUCAGGCGUCCAUGUGGAAAGCUGGGUGCUCCAGGUGUACCUUCUCAGAGAUGACCGAGUGGGGGUGGAGAGUGUGCCCACUGAAUGUGGGCCGUGCAGCGCAGGUAUGGGCUGUCACUUCAGGAAACAGCCGACAGCAGACGAAGUGGGGGCAGGGCAGGACUGAGUUCACACAGGUUCUGAGGGUCCUCAGGGUGCUGGGUGGGGACCCAGAGACAUUUGGGGAGAGCCCCCGGGGAUGUUGAGAAGGGAGUUACCACAACAUUUUGGGAAGAAGCUUUGCCGCGUUGGCGAUCUUCCGCAUUAACAUUUUCACAUGUUUCUUUUCUGGGCAUAGGCUCCCUCUUCAGCAGAAUUGGGAAGUGGAAUUGGUUGGCCUUUGAGGUCCCUAAGAUUGUAUAGGCUGCUGGCUGAGCUGGGAGUGGGGCCCUGAAGGAAGAACACUGAGGUGGAAUCAGAGUACCUGUUUCUGGCCCAGCCCUGCCUCUCCGUAACUGCCAGGGCCAGUGUUUCCCAUCAGGGAAGUGAGGGGCCUGAUAUUUCCCGGAAGGUGUUCUGAGGCUCACUAGUUCAGUAGGUGUUAAAAAUGUCCUAUGGUUGAAUAAAUAUAGGAACACCAGAAGUGAACAAGGUACAGUAGACAUCUUUACCGCAGGGCUUCUGAGAGUCAUUGAUUGAAUGCGUAUGUACGCUGUGGCUUUCUAAUAGGGAGAGACAGUGUGUGGUGUUCCUUCUCUUGGCGCAGAUGUUUCACGGAGUGCACUUUGGGAGCCACGGCUCAGUGCACUGCAGUGGUAGCUCCUGUUGCUAGUUCUCUGCACAGCUAAGACAGUGGACUGUGAGGGAAAGAGAGGUGCCUUAAAUCCACCCCUCUUAGUACAUGACUUUGUCCAUCCCCUCUUUCUUGGCCUGCACUGUUUCCUGCCCCAUCAGCUCCAGGCACCUGCUCUUUCACCUGGGGUACAA